AUGAGUCAUCCACAUCAGUCAGUAGAUCAAAAGUGUACUGUUGCAUUUACAACCGAACGUUUUGUUGUGGUUGCUUAUCCAUUAAAACGUUCACAAUAUAAUUCAUCAACACGUGCUCGUUAUGCACUUAUUUUACUUACAUUUUUAGCUAUAUUACUUUAUUCACCAUCAUUAUGGACAUCAGGUAUUGAAACAGCUAAAUCCGAACGAUCAGCAUUACCUCCAUAUGAAACACGUUGUGUUACAUUACGUCAAUGGCUUAAAUUUACACGUCAAAUGAAUAUAAUAGAUUUCUUUUUAACAUUUAUCAUUCCUUUUUUAACGAUAGUUACAUUGAAUACAUUAAUUAUACUUAAAUCAGGUCAAUAUGAUCGUUUAUUAGAACGUAAUUAUAUUCAACCAUCAACAUAUAUAUUACAUAAUUUAUUAGAACAUCGAUUACGUCGUUCGAAAUAUCAUCGACGUAUAACAAAAAUGUUAUUAAUUAUUUCGACAACAUUUUUAUUAUUAAAUACACCAAUGCAUUUAUUAAAAGUUUAUUAUUUUUUCUUUUCAAAUGAUGAUACAUAUGAUGAAAAAUCUUCGUAUGAAUCAACUAUUGAAAUGUUGACAUUUUAUUUAUUUUAUACAAAUUUUUCGAUAAAUUUUUUUCUUUAUUCAUUAUGUGGAAAAAAUUUUCGUUUAUGUCUUAUGGAUUUAAUAAAACAUUUUGGUCAAUCAAAACAAACAAAUAAUCUUUUAACAAAUGGUUUAAUUAUAGCUGGUAAUACGGCUAUUGGUGAAAGUCCUGUUGGUCGGUAUUUUCGACAUACGCCACGUACACAUCAUCAACGAAAACUAUCUAAACAAGAUAAUAGUAGUACAAUUAGUAGUGGUGGUUAUAAAGCAAAUCCAAUUUUAUCAACAUUUCAUGCAGCUGCAAAUGUUGCUGCUGGUAAAAGUCAACAGAUGAUACAUCAAUCAUCAACUAAUUCAUCAUUUAAAAACAAUUCUUUAAAAAUUGAAUUAUUAACAAAUAGAUCGACAUCAACGGUUUCGAAAUUUUAUCCAACAUUUACGAUAAAGUGA